AUGUUUGCCAAUGUCAUUAAUAAAUUUAAAUCAUUCUUCCGUAAAACAGCUAAAUGUGAAAAAGUGACAUCAUCUGAAUAUGCAACUACUGUUUCAACACCAAAUUCAUUAGUAUCUACAUCACCAUUUAAUUCAAUUGAAUUUUUUGAUAUAUUUCAUGGAUUAUUAACACCAACUCCAAUUAAACUUGAUCCUAGAUUGCUUGAUACAUUUUAUGGAUGUCUUCAAGUUUUAUUAGUUGAUCAAGUUAUUGAAUCAAAUUAUUUAUUUCCUUUUCUUUACAAUAUCAAGAUUUAUUAUCCUAUCAAAUUUAACAAAGUUGAUAUUAUACCUGGGCUAAUUAAUAAAUUACCGUUGUUUAAGUUUGAAGAGUUGGCAUCUGUGCUUAGUACAAGAUUCGAUUUAAUUUCAUCUGUUAAUCAACUUGAAAAUUUAUUAAACAAAUCAAUACAAUGCAAACCCCCUGCAGUUAUUAAUUUAGUAUUAUCACAAAUAUCACAAUCUAUUAAUCAAGUAGAAAGAUUAUUAAAAGAAUUAGUACCGUCUACUCAAUCAACAUUAUUAGCCCCACCUUCUAAAAUUUUAGAGUCACCACAGUCAUCACAAUCUGUUAGAGAAAUAUCAAUACAAUUAUCCCCAUUGAAGAAAGUAGAACCAACUGACAUUGAUUUAUUGCAAAGAUCACAUCUUAUCAAGAAAAUAGAAUUAAUCGAUGAAAUUCAAUCAGAUGAAAAUGUUUUAGAAUUAUUGCCAACAACAAAAUUUGAAAAUCAAUUAACAACAACAUCAAAAUUUAGAGAUGUAAAUGAUGAAUCAGUAUUUCGAAAUAGACAAGUAGCAUGCAUCGAUCCACUAAAUUUCAAAAAAUCAUCAUUUGUACCUAUGGAAUCAAUUGAAAAUCAUAAAUAUAGCACCAUCAGACCAUCUACGAUUUUAUUAGAUUAUUCGUCAGAUGAAGAAUACGGCACAUUUAAUACAAGAACAAUUAAAAUUGAUAAAUUUUCAAAAUCAAGAAAGAAAUCUCUGAAAUCAAAAACAAUAAAUAGGUUAAAAAACUUUUUUGAUCAAGUUCAAGAAUAUGAAGAUUAUUAUUCACAAUUCACAAUAAAAAAAGUAUCAAUUAAUGAAAUGAGAGAAGCAAGAAAAAAAGAACCAGAAGGUGAAAAUGAAGCAGUAUCAGGAAAAGAAAAUGCUGAAAAAGUUGUGAAUUUUGAAUUUGAAAUUAAGAUGGUUAAUUAUGAUCCAACUUCUCCAAUUGAUGAAGGUUCAAUAGACGAGCUUAAAGAAAGGAAAAGAGAUAAAUUUAAAGCAUCAAUGCAUAGAUUUAAAGAUAAGUUCAAAUUCUGGAAACGUGAAAAUAAAGUUGAUUUAGAUGAUCCAUAUUAUGAACCAUUUUUAAUUGCAGAUGAAGAUCUUGACUAUAGUCGUUUUGAUCCUUUUUAA